AGAACACACAUCUUGAAGUCGAGCAGUGUUGGAUUGACAUUCAGAGUUGCAGAGCACUUGUUCCUUCCCAUGUAAAAAAGAUCACGAAGAAUAGAAGCAAUAGCAAAGGAUUUCCUGAAACCACUGAGCUUAGUAGUCCAAGAAAAAAGGUCUGAGUUUUGAAGAGAAGAGGGCUCGCAUGAUGGAGAUUUUUUUUGAAACAAAAGAUGUCUUCCAGUUGAAGGAUCUGGAGAAGAUUGCUCCAAAAGAAAAAGGGAUUACCUCGAUGUCAGUGAAAGAGAUUCUGCAGAGCCUUGUUGAUGAUGGCAUGGUGGACACUGAUAGAAUUGGAACUUCCAAUUAUUUCUGGGCUUUUCCAAGUAAAGCUCUUCAUGCCAGGAAGCGUAAAUUGGAGGAGUUAGAGUCUCAGUUUGCUGAAAGCAGUCAGAAAAAAGAGGCUUUAGAAAAAAGCAUUGAGAAAUCAAAAAUUGGACGUGAAGAUACUGCGGAUCGUGCAGCUCUGCUGAAGGAACUUGCUGCCCUUCGGCAGAGAAAAGAGCAGCUAAAGACAGAAAUAGACAAAUACAGGGAAUGUGAUCCAGACGUGGUUGAAGAGAUGCGCCAAACAAACCAAGUGGCCAAGGAGGCAGCCAACAGAUGGACUGAUAACAUCUUUUCAAUAAAGUCCUGGGCCAAGCGUAAAUUUGGAUUUGAAGAGAGCAGAAUAGAUAAAGGUUUUGGAAUCCCAGAAGAUUUGGAUUACAUUGAUUAGUGUUCAGUUGAUGGCUGACACAGUUGUAUAUAGUUUGUUAUAUAUUCAGAGCUGCCAUUAAAAUGUGAAUCCUCCUCAAAAAGGUUACCACCCUUUAAUUUGCUGGUUUUGUUACGGUUAAUAAAAUACUAAAAAUA